UAUUAGUGAUUGUGAGAAGCUUGAAGUAUUGCCAGAAAUUCCUCCCARCCUUUAUUGUUUACAAGCAUAUCAUUGUACCUCGUUGCACGAAGUGCGGAGACGGCUACCAAUCAUGCAUCCUAGGGGUUUGCAGAUAUAUCUCUUUGGUUGUCGAAAAUUGGUCGAGAAACAUACUAUUGAAAGCUUGGUGUCUAUGUUGUUGCCACAGGGACUAAAUGACUUCGGUGGAAAUUUUGAUAUCCAUAUUCAUGGAAGUAGAAUUCCUCGGUGGUUUACACAUCAAAGUACGGGAAAAGGUGUAAUGGUCGUAUUACCUUCAAGUUGGCGCUAUAAUAAAUUCCGGGGAUAUGUAGCUUGUGCUGUUUUCACGCUCAAAAAACCUUGCAAUAAUCCUGAAGGUUAUGAGUUUAGCUCUCUAAGAUGCUCCGUGAACAACUUUGACGGAGGUAAUUUGCACCGGAAGCAGUCAUGUGGCAUAUCUUAUGAGUUCGUGGAUAACUGCACAAGGAUCGUUGGGUCAGAUAUGAUAUGGUUGCAUUAUUCGGAGUCUAAACCGAGUUGGAUAAAAGCAAAGAAUCUGAUAACUUUUUCCUUCAGUUGUCCCUUUCUUGAGGUGAAGCAAUGUGGUGUAAGACUUUUUUGUGAUGAAGAUAUGCAGGAAGAUAUGGAUUUAAGUAUGACCCAAGACCUCUCAACUCAACCACAAGAUGGUGGUAUCUUCGACCCAAAUCAUGRGUGGGUUUCCGGAUCGAGUAAAGAUGAGGGUCCAGGCAUUGUGUUUAUAUAACAAAGUGGUCUUUUAAUCACAAGGGUGGUGCCUG